GUUGGUGCCUCAAAAUAAAGCAAAAAUUACCCUAAAAUCUCUGAAAACCCGCCGUAUCCUUCUUUGCAAAAUCAAGCUCGCCUCUCCGUACCUCUCGCCGCCGCAGGGAGAGAGAAAGAAGGCUGCGCUAAGCCUGCCGGAACUUUCGCACUUGCAGGUUGCCAUUGUUGACGUUUCCAUCAGUAUCAGCUUAAACCCUAAACCUCCUAUACUUAUUUCAAGUGACUCUACCAUGUCUGCGAAAUGGCGAGCUUUACAGCAUCGUCAUCGCUACACUUACAGCGCAAUCGUCUUUCCUCAAUACUACAAGCAAAGUCUCAACGACUUCAUUAACUUGUCUGUAUCUCAAGACCAUGAUGCGUCUGCUCGUGUGUUCUACUCACAACUCAAUGAACUCGUUUCUCUCAACUCAACCUACGCACAACUCAGUCACGCUAAAAAACUCGCCUCCGCUUUCACAGAGCUACUUAAAAUCAGCAAUGAAAUCGUUGUUUCUCAAGCAUCCAGAUUCUACCUCGAGAUCCUGUUCCUCGAAAACUCUGUACCAUUACACAGAACUCUGGUUUCUGUUCUUGCGAAAACUAGAGAUUUCCAGUCUGUAAUCGGUGAUUGCUUCCGAUCUCUAUGCGAAGAGUAUGCAGACUUGAAUGGGAAUGGAAAUGAAAAAAGGAAGAGGUUUUGUGUUUCACGUGUAGGUCUGUCGAUGAUGAGCUCCCCAAAACUUGGGUAUCUAGUGGAAGUUGUUGAAGAGUGUGCGAUUCUCAUGAGUUUAGAUGUGGUUUCCAGUUUGAAAAGUGUCGUUUUAGAGACUAAUGAUUGGUGUAGACCAUCACCAAUCGUUAUGGAACAAUGCCAAGAGGCUUUAUCUUGUAUCUAUUACUUGCUUCAGCGAUGUCCUUCGAGAUUCACCAGUUUGAUCGGAUUACAUGAUUCCAAUAUCAUGGAGACAAUCCUCACCACCAUUUUAAGUAUUUUGAAAUCUGAAGCGUUUUCAAGGGAUUGCUUCGUGGCUGCAGGGGUGAGCUUUUGUGCAGCUCUACAAGUGUGUCUCUGUCCUGAAGAACUUGGAUUGUCACUUAUGGAAGGUAUCUUUCAUCAUUCUUUAACUCCCAGCAUCUCAUUUCAAACUGUUGUCAUGAAGAUUCCAUACAAAGGGAAUCUGUUUUCAGAAAUUCAGAGUUUCUCUCUUCUCAGUAGGCUCUGUUUGAUCAGAGGCAUCCUAACUUCAAUCCCUAGAACAUUACUCGAUACUCCUUUUGAAUGUGGUUCUAAAGAUUGUGAAACGAUACUUUACAAUGGCAUCUUACCUGAGUUGUGCAAAUAUUGUGAGAAUCCAACCGAUAGCCACUUCAAUUUUCAUGCAUUAACAGUGAUGCAGAUUUGUCUGCAACAGAUAAAAACUCUGAUACAAACCACUUACAUUGAUGACACAAAGAAUCAUAAUCCCAUUUCAGAUGACAUAGGUGCCCGUGUAUUACGAAUUAUAUGGAACAAUCUUGAAGAUCCAUUAAGCCAAACUGUGAAACAAGUUCAUUUGAUUUUUGAUAUCUAUCUAGACAUACAAUCCAGUCUCCCUUCAACAAAUGGAAAAGAUAAAAUCCAAUUGUUCUUAAGAAAGAUCGCAUCCAAUCUUCUUCGAAUGGGUGGACGUUGCAAGGGUAGAUAUGUCCCAUUAGCUUCUCUUACAAAAAGACUUGGAGCAAAAACGAUUUUAGAAAUGAAUCCUGAUAUGAUGUUUGAAACAGCAUGGGCGUAUGUUGAUGAUGAUGUAUGUUGUGCUUCCACCACUUUCUUGAAAUGUUUUCUUGAAUCUUUGCGUGAUGAGUUUUGGAGUAGUGAUGGAGUGGAAAUCGGGUCUAGAAAUUACAGAAACGCCCUUUUGCCUCCGUUUUUACACGGGCUUGCUUCCGGAAACUCAAAGCUAAGGUCAAAUUUAAACACAUACGCGUUUCCAGUGAUUCUUGAAGUGGAUGUUGAUAGUAUAUUUUCAAUGCUUUCUUUUAUAUCUAUUGGAGAAGAAGAGACUUUACUCUCUUUUACAGAUUCAAACAUGAAUCUGAAUCUCACAGUUGAACAAAAGGUAGCUGUUCUUGUUUCACUUCUCAAAGUUUCACGUUCUCUUGCUUUGAUAGAAGGAGAUAUCGAUAGAUUCGAGAGUUCUGAAACAAAUAAAGAUUACGAAUUCGCCCUUGUCUGUGUAAAGGGUAUAAAGGUCAAAGUCCUUGUGAACUGGCUAACCUUGGCUUUAACUCAUGUUGAUGAGUCUCUUCGAACAGAUGCAGUGGAAUCCCUGUUUUUAAACCCUAAAACAGCAAGUCUUCCAUCUUCUUUAGAGCUAAGCAUGAUGAAAGAAGCAAUGCCAUUAAACAUGAGAUGCUCCUCAACAUCUUUUCAAAUGAAGUUAACAAGUUUGUUUAGAAAAUUCUUUUCACGUGUUAAAACCGCAUUAGAGAGACAAAUCAAACAAGGAACAUGGAAACCUAACAAUGGGAACAUUCUUUAUAAAGAAGAAAAAGAUUCCAAUUUCAAAAAAGCAGAAGAGCUUUUCCAUUUCAUGAAGUGGUUGAGCACCUUCUUGUUCUUCUCAUGCUACCCUUCAGCUCCAUACGAGAGGAAAAUAAUGGCAAUGGAACUUAUCCUCAUAAUGAACAACACUUGGCCGAUUUUACAAAAACACCCUUCUGAAACCAUAACUCCAUAUGAUGCGAAAUUCACAUCACCCGAAUCAACUUUAUUGCUAGUGGGAUCAAUUGUUGACAGCUGGGAUCGUUUAAGAGAGAAUUCCUUUCGCAUUCUUCUCAAUUUUCCAACUCCACUUCCUGGAAUUUUGACCACAGAAAAAGUCAAAGAUGUAAUUAUCUGGGCUAAGAAGUUAGUUUAUAGCCCUCGUGUUAGAGAAAGUGAUGCUGGAUCAUUAACAAUGAGACUUAUCUUUAGAAAAUACGUUUUAGACCUCGGAUGGAUUGUGAACACAUCUUCUAAUCUUGUUUUGUCUUCUUCUUCUGAUGAUGAUGAUUCAAAAACUUGUUCUAAUUCUCCUGUUGUGGAAUAUGUGACAUGUCUUAUUGAUUGGUUGCAAUCUGCUGUUGAAAUGGGAGAACAUGAUCUUUCUGAUGCGUGUAAGAACAGCUUUGUUCAUGGGAUUUUAUUGACACUUCGUUAUGGUUUUGAGGAGCUUGAUUGGAGUUGUGAUAAUGUUUGUGGAAUGAAGUGUGCGUUUGAGAAGCUUCUUGAGUUGAUUAUGAGAAUUACUUCAAUGGCUCUUUCUGUGGUUUCGGCUGAUGCGUGGCAUAUACCUGAUGACAUGGAUGAGGAUGACCUUGUGGAUGUUGAUGAUGAUUCUUACAUGUGGGGGGAAGGUAAUGCUGACGUGGAUGCUGAUGUGGAUGCUGAGAAAGAAAUGAAUGGGUCAAAAUUGGUGCAGGAUGUUGGACCUUCUGAUCAAGUUGUUAUGGUUGGUUGUUGGCUUGCAAUGAAAGAGGUGAGUCUUCUUUUGGGAACUAUUAUAAGGAAAAUUCCUUUGCCUACAUCAGAUAUAUCAAGGGAUUCGGGAUGA